AUGGCCGCCGCUGUUGGAAGAAUCUAUAACCCUCGAAUAUUGCAAUCUAGAAAUAGCAACUAUUUGCAGCAGGCUGCGAAUUUGUCUACGUCAUCAUGGACAAAAAGUCGAAAUCACUUGAUAGCAACUGUUGGUGUGUUGGCUGGUGGUGCUGGAGCAUUGAUGUAUGCACUAGAUAUCUCAGUCAAAGCUAGUGAUUUAGUUGCUCAUCCUCCAAAAAUGCCAUGGCCCCAUUCUGGUCUUUUUUCUUCAUUUGAUCAUGCAAGUUUAAGAAGGGGUUAUGAAGUUUACAAACAAGUUUGUUCAGCAUGUCAUAGUAUGAAAUUUUUACCUUAUCGUCGAUUAGUUGGGGUCACUCAUACUGAAGAUGAAGCUAAAGCAGAAGCAUUUGAUGUCCAAAUUAAAGAUGGUCCUAAUGAUGUGGGAGAGUACUUUAUGAGACCAGGAAAACUUAGUGAUUACUUUCCCAGUCCAUAUCCAAAUGAAGAAGCUGCUAGAGCUGCCAAUAAUGGAGCCUAUCCUCCUGAUUUAACAUUGAUUUCAUCUGCAAGACAUGGAAAAGAUAAUUAUUUGUUUCAUCUGUUAACUGGUUAUUUUGAUGCCCCAGCUGGUCAUGUUGUACCAGAAGGGCAACACUACAAUGUUUAUUUUGCUGGUGGAAAUAUAAGUAUGGCUAAAGCACUUUAUGAUGAUAUAAUUGAGUAUGAAGAUGGUACUCCAGCAACAACAUCUCAAUUGGCAAAGGAUGUUAGUGCUUUUCUAAGGUGGUCAUCUGAACCUAACAUUGAUGAACGAAAACUAUUACUUCUUAAGGUUGCUUUGUUUACACCGAUAGCAUUUUUAUGUGUUUUAUACUACAAAAGAGUAAAAUGGACAAGUCUUAAAACUAGAAAGAUUGUAAUUCAUCCACCUGCUAAGCGGUUAAAAUAA